AUGAUGGCCGUAGGGGACGACCAGCAGCAGCAGCAGCACCAGUCUCCCUCCCGACAAUCCCCCGACGACCCUGACGCCAGCCUCUAUUCGCAGUCCAGUCAGGGCCCCAAGUCCCCGUCCUUCCAACCCCAACAUCGCCGCGGAUACCAGGCAUGCGACCCGUGCCGCAAACGCAAGGUCAAAUGCGAUCUUGGCAGCGUCGACAAUCCCCGUCCUCCACCCUGCGUGCGAUGCCGCCGCGAAAGUAAGCGAUGCGAGUUCUCCGCCACGCGCCGCAAGCGCAAACCCUCCGAGGUCGAGGAGUCCGUCUUCGAGGGCGUUCUCCGUCGUGAUAAACGGAUGAUGGUGGGCGAAGUCGUGUCGAAUGGCUCCCCUAGUGAUGGCUCUUCGUAUACGGCGACCGAUCCCCCCUCGUAUGACAACAACAAUACCAACAAUAACGCUGCCAACAGCAGCAACGCCGCCAGCACGACGCAGGCCGCAGCCAGCCGCCCGCAACGCAAAUGGUCCGAGGGAUCGCCGUCAACCACCAGUCAGGUUCCUCCCUCGACUGUUACCCAGCAGCAAUACCAGCCCAAUACCUCGUCGACCACGCAUUUCCCCGAUGUCAAGAACACCCGGCUGCCUAUGUACCCGGUGGGGGAUCGAUCGUCGGUGCCAGGUUUUGGUCUCGAAGGAGGACAGCCGAUGAUGAAUCGCACCGCCGUUGAAUUGCUGUCGCCGGCGAUCAGCAAUAGUCAUGAUGCGCUGCAUCUCCUCUCCGAAGCGGCGGGCAGAACGGAGGAUCUCAACCGACAGAGUCUCGAGAAUCGAUACGCUGCCCGUCAGUCCGUCUCGUCGUUCAACUCGCCCAUCUCGCCUCUAACGCAGGCCGGCACGCCGCGUAGCGCCGGCGGGUCAUUCUCGCGACCUCCUCGGUCAGGCGCCAUGCCCUUGGGGACCUAUUACCAGGCCGGUACGUCGGGGACCGAUGAUACCCAAGCUGCCGAUGCUCGCGGCCAGUCCGGUCCCUCGGUCAAUCCUCAGGACCCCGGCUAUCUGGACGCAGUCAAGGCAUGGUCACGACUCCGUUUUGUCCGUGCCGGCUGGCUCUCGGUCGAAGAGUCCAUGGCCUACGUGGAAUACUACUACGAACACCUGGCCCCGCUAAGUCCCAUUGUGAUUCCGGAUUUCUCCCACCCCUCGACACAUCGCACAAUGCUCACUGACGAGCCUGUCCUCGCCGUCAUGAUCCUUACCACCGCCUCUCGGCACAUGAAGCCAAAAGGAGACGGUGCUUAUACCCGUGCGUUUUAUAUCCACGACCGACUUUGGUCGUACCUUCGUGGUAUGAUUGAACGGUUGUUCUGGGGUCAAGAGAAGUUUGGUGGCAACGGGAUGGGGAUCAACAAGCCGCGGUCUUUUGAUCUAGCUCCCACUCCGGCUAUGGUGCAUGCCAAGGGGAAUCUCAGAUCUCUGGGGACCAUCGAGGCCUUGCUGAUCUUGACUGACUGGCAUCCUCGGAACCUGCAUUUCCCGCCCGGCGACGACGAGAACGCACUUCUCGACGUCGAUGCCCAGGCGCAUACAAUGGAGACCGAUGGCGAGAACGGUGCCAACCGCACGUCAAACAACCCGGCGGAAGGUCGACUGGCGUUCCAAAAAUGGCUGGAGCCUGCCUGGCGGUCGGACCGGAUGUCCUGGAUGUUGAUGAGCACGGCGCAGGCACUAGCAUUUGAGUUAGGUGUCUUUGAUCAGAAGAGUGAAUCUAAAUCUGCCGGCGAAUCCCCGGCGGAGCAGACACGAAAACGUCGCCUUCGGCGUCUUAUUCUUGUGUACAUCACGCAGAGCAGUGGGCGAUUGGGGAUUCCCUCGAUGCUUCCGCUGCCGCAGUGGGCUAACGAUAUUCAACCGACUACCGUGACAGGGGGUGAUACAACAGUGGACCGGAUGCAUGACUGCUGGAUCGGGAUCUCUAAGAUCAUGUACCAGAGCAACCAAUUGUUGUUUGCGUCCAAUGAGCAGACGUCAGAACUGAUUCGAAGCGGCCGGUAUCGAGACCAGAUUGACCGGUUCCAGCCUUUCCUGCGGGAAUGGCGGCAGAACAUCGACACAAUUGAUCUUGCUCCUGCCAUGCGAAUGAUUUUGAUGAUUGAAUACGAAUACACACGAUUGUAUGUCAAUUCUCUUGCACUGCAAGCGGUAGUCGACCGCUGGACAACCAUGUCGAACGAGGCUGCUCAGGCCCAGGCUCGAUCUGGUUCGGGGUCCUCGUCCAGCAAUGGAUGGUUCAACGUGCUCAUGGAGCUCUACCGCGUCAAUGAGCAAUAUAUCCAAGAGGUUGUUGAUGCGUCCCGUAAGAUUCUACAUACGGUUUUGGACGGUCUUGUCCCGGGGGAUCACCUCAAACACGCCCCUGUUCGCACUUGCUUUCGAAUUUUGUCUGGAAUGAUCUUCAUUCUUAAGACAUUCACGCUGGGCGCAAAAGAGGACGAUGUUCGCGUUUCCCUCGAUCUUCAAGAUCGAACUAUGGAAGCUCUGCGGACCAAUGUCGUCGACGACGUACACCUCAACCAUGCUAUUGCCCGACUCCUUGAACUGCUUACCACCAGCAUUCGCACACGCUUCUUACGAUUCGCACCCUUGGACCGUGGCGGCGACGGAGAGGCGCAGGACCGCACUGCGCCGGCACCCGUCUCCCGACCGCAGUCACCCCGUCCGCGAGAGGGCCCGCAAGGCCGACGAGACGGUUCGAACCCCGGAUGGGCAUCUGGACAGAACACGACACACAAUAUCGGGUAUGCCGACAAUAACGGUCAACAGACAGGAGGCGCGAUGGGACCGGUUCAUGACCCGCUGGCGGGGAUUCCGGCACAGCCGAUCAAUUCGUCGAAUAUCAACGUGUCCUUCAUGCCGCCACCCCCCUCCGUGUACCACAACUACUACGACCCCAAUACCACGCCGCCAGCAGGUGGCGACCUGGAUAGCUCGAAUAUGCCCUCGCAGGCCCUGCACGAUAACUCCGGCGCGUCCAGCGGGCUUCCGGAUUGGUUCGCGCUGCCCCUGGACCAGUUCUUCAACAGCUCCACCGCAGUCGUGGAUCAAGGCCUAGGAGGCACAGGACCGAUGGUCGGCGACUUCGACAUGUUAGAGGUGCUCCUGAACGAACAGUAUGACGGACAAGGUGAGCACCUUGACUCGACCGGUGGCGGGAAUCUCCCCUCACAGUUCCUACAAUCAUGA